AUGUACUUGUUUCCGCCACAAUCAUUUACCUUGGGUUACAGUAAAAAAAUAAUGAAUGACAAAGCUUGGUUACCUCCAAGUAAUAAUUCUAACGAUAAUAAUUGGAAACAACCUUCGACCACCGAUGAAGGUUGGCUACCUUCAAGUAGUGCUUCUAAUGAUGAUAAUUGGAAACAACCUUCGACCACCGAUGAGGGUUGGGGACGACCACGAGUUCCUACUGAAAACAAUUGGCCACAAACUUCAACCUAUUAUGAUAAUUGGGGCACACAGGGUGUGCAAACGCAAGCUAAAGAUGAUUGGGCAAAUAAGCAAGAAUCUAUUUCUACUGAAGAUGUAAUAGAACCUGAAUUAGAAGUUAAUUGGGAAGAUAAGCAGGCUUCUGCUGAUGAUGAUGAUGUAAUAGAAAGGACGCUUACUCCUCCUCAAGAUCAAGAUGAUAAUCGCGUAAUAAAACAAGUUCCCCUGUCUGAUGAUGACGAAUGGAUAACAAGUGAUCAACCGACUUCCUCACAGGAUCGUGAAAAUGAUUCUACUAUAAAACAAGCUCCCACCCCUGAAGAAGAAGUCGAAUGGGUGACAAGUAACCCACCAACCUCGGUCCAUGAUCGUGAUGAUCAAUGGAAGAAACCACCUUUUCAUUACGAAAAUAAUGGUUGGAAUAGAAAGAGAUCAUCUCCUUCUGAAGACAUCCGUAUACAUAAAAGAUCUGAUAUGUAUAAAGAUACGUGGGGUGGUAAAGGCCGUUCUGAGGGCUCAUGGGAAGUCAAGAAAAAUGAUGCAAAUGAUGAUCGUUUUAACGUUUCACUUAUUUUGAAGACUCUUGCUAUGCAGGAGGUAAUUCAUAACUCUUUUACAACAUUACAAAUUAAAAAACAUAAUGAGCGUAACCAGUUGGGGGAAUUUGACCUAAAUGAUAAUUUAAAUUCGGUCCCUCCCGAAAUUCUUCAAAAGACUGUUCGAACUUACAUUCAACACCCGGCGCAAGAAUCUUCGUUCACUACCAAAGCAUUUCGUGAUGUAGAAGUUCAGACUGAUCCAAUUGAUUUAACAUCACUUGAGCAAUAUUUAAAUAAUAUUGAUCCUUCAAUAAUGGACAUUUUACGCAAGAAACUGUUUUCAGUUGGUGUUGGGCCGAUUAAACCAUCUAAUGAAAAGGUUGAAUCACAAUGGCCGCAAAUGACUUCUAAUACAUGGGGUGCAGUUAAAGAAAAGUCAAUAAAUGAAAGUGCUCAAAAAAAUGCAAGUUCGUGGGAACAGCCCAAUGAGGGUGUCGAGUCACAAUGGCCUCUGAAUAAGCCAUCGCAAACAACUUCUAAUACAUGGGGCGUACCUCAAGUAAAGUCUUUAAAUGAUACAGCGCAAAAUAAUACAAGCUCGUGGAGUGUACCGGUGAAACCACCUAAUGAGGAUCUUGAAUCUCAAUGGAAAGUUCCUUUAAAAGAACCAUCACAAAUAACAUCUAAUACAUAUAAUACAUGGGGUGCUACUACAGAAAAGUCUUUAAAUGAGAGUGCACAAAAAAAUGCAAAUUCGUGGAGUGUACCAGUGAAACCACUUAAUGAGAAUUCUGAAUCUCAAUGGAAAGUUCCUUUAAAUGAGCCAUCGCAAGCUAUACCUGAUACAUGGGGUGCACCUCCGGAAAAGUUUCCAAACAAGAGUGCACAAAAAAAUGCAAAUUCGUGGGGUGAACCGGUGAAACCACCUAAUGAAAUUGUUGAACCUCAAUGGAAAGCUCCUUCAAAUGAGCCAUCGCAAACCCCAUCUAAUACAUGGGGCGCACCUCAAAAAAAAUCUUCAAAUGAGACAACGCAAAAGAAUGCAAAUUCGUGGGGUGAACCGGUCAAACCACCUAAUGAAAUUGUUGAACCUCAAUGGAAAGCACCUUUAAAUGAACCAUCGCAAGCUACACUUGAUACAUGGGGUCCGCCCCCAGACAAGUCUUUAAAUGAGACAACGCAAAAGAAUGCAAAUUCGUGGGGUGAAUCGGUGAAACCACCUAAUGAAAAUGAACCUCAAUGGAAAGUUCCUUCAAAUGAACCAUCGCAAACACCAUCUAAUACAUGGGGUGCACCUCCAAAAAAAUCUUUCAAUGAGACAACACAAAAGAAUACAAAUUCGUGGGAUGUUCCUGUGAGACCACCCAGCGAAAAUGUCGAAACUCAAUGGAAAGCACUUUUAAAUGAACCAUCGCAAGCUACACCUGAUACAUGGGGUCCGCCUCCAGUUAAGUCUUUAAACGAGGCAGCACAAAAGAAUCCAAGUUCGUGGGAUGUUCCCGUGAGACCACCUAAUGAAGAUAUCGAGUCUCAAAGGAAAGUUCCUUUAAAUGAACCAUCGCAAGCUACAUCUGAUACAUGGGGCGCACUUCCAGUAAAGUCUUUCAAUGAGACAGCACAAAAGAAUUCAAGUUCGUGGGAUGUCCCUGUAAAACCACCUAAUGAAAAUGUCGAACCUCAAAGGAAAGUUCCUUUAAAUGAACCAUCGCAAGCUACAUCUGAUACAUGGGGCGCACUUCCAGUAAAGUCUUUAAGUGAGACAGCACAAAAGAAUACAAGUUCAUGGGAUGCCCCUGUGAGACCACCUAAUGAAAAGGUUGAACCUCAAAGGAAAGCACCUUUAAAUGAACCAUCGCAGGCUACACCUGAUACAUGGGGCGCGCCUCCAGUAAAGUCUUUAAAUGAAACAAUACAAAGUAAUGUAAGUUCGUGGGAUGUCCCUGUGAAACCACCCAAUGAAAAUAUCGUACCUCAAAGGAAAGUUCCUUUAAAUGAACCAUCGCAGGUUGCAUCUAAUACAUGGGGCGCACCUCCAGAAAAGUCUUUCAAUGAGACAGCACAAAAGAAUACAAGUUCGUGGGAUGUCCCUGUGAGACCACCUAAUGAAAAUGUUGAACCUCAAUGGAAAGCACCUUUAAAUGAGCCAUCGCAAACUAUAUCUAAUACAUGGGGCGCGCCUCCAGUAAAGUCUUUAAAUGAAACAACACAAAGUAAUGUAAGUUCAUGGGAUGUCCCUGUGAAACCACCUAAUGAAAAUAUCGUACCUCAAAGGAAAGUUCCUUUAAAUGAACCAUCGCAGGCUGCAUCUAAUACAUGGGACGCACCUCCAGAAAAGUCUUUCAAUGAGACAGUACAAAAAAAUCCAACUUCGUGGAGCGCACCUCCAGAAAGGUCUUCAAACGAAAAUUCGUGGUAUGACCCCGCUAAACCAUCUAAUGAGAAGAUCGAACCUCAAUGGAAAAUGCCUUUAAAUGAGCCAUCACAAACGAUUUCUAAUACGUUGGGUGAACCUCCAGAAAAGUCUUUAAAUGAGACAGCACAAAAAACUGUAAGUUCGUGGGGUGCCACUGUGAAACCAUUUAAUGAAAAUGUUGAACCUCAAUGGAAAAUUCCUUCAAAUGAGCCAUCACAAACAACCUCUAAUACAUGGGGUGCACCUCCAGAAAAGUCUUUAAAUGAGUCAGCGCAAAAAAAUUUAAAUGAAAGUUCGUGGAGUGCCACUGUGAAACCAUCUAACGAAAAUGUUGGACCUCAAUGGAAAAUUCCUUUAAAUGAACCAUCACAAACGACUUCAGAUACAUGGGGUGCUUCUAAAGAAAAAUCGCGAGGGAGUUCUGUUAAAUCAUAUAACGAAAAUGCCGAAUCUCAAUGGAACAUUCCUUCAAAUAAGCCAUCGCAAACGACCCAUAGUACGUGGGGUGUACCUCCAGAAAAGUCUUUAAAUGAGACAGCACAGAAAGAUGCAAGUUCGUGGAGUGCCACUGUGAAACCAUCUAACGAAAAUGUUGAACCUCAAGGGAAAAUACCUUUAAAUGAGCCAUCACAAACGACUUCUGAUACAUGGGGCGCUUCUACAGAAAAGUCGCGGGGAAGUUCUGUUAAAUCGUUUAACGAAAAUGCCGAACCCCAAUGGAACGUCCCUUCAAAUGAGCCAUCGCAAAUGACUUCGUGGGGUGUACCAGUGAAACCACCACAAAAAAGUGUAAGUUCGCGGAGUAGUUCUGUGAAAGCGUAUAAUGAAAGUUCUGAAUCCCAACGAAACAUUCCUUUAAAUGAACCAUUACAAACAACUACAUGGAGUCCACCUGCAGCUAAAUCUUUAAACGAGACAUCACAAAAUAAUAUAGAUUCGUGGGGUGCUUCUAUGAAUCCGAUAAACGAGGAUGCUAAAUCACAAUGGAAUGCACCAUUGAACGAGCCGUCACAAACUGCUUAUGACACAUGGAAUGUGCCUGCAGGAAAGUCUUCAAAUAAUAAAGCACCAAAGAAUAUAGUUCCGUGGGAUACUUCUACGAAACCCUCAAAUGAAGGUGAACCACAUUGGAAUGCUGUGAAUGAACCAUCGCAACAAAUCCUUGAAGCGUGGAAAGCUUCUGAUAAAAAACAAACUACAAAAAAUGAAUGGGAGUUGAAUGAAUCAAAAAUGCAAGCGCAGGAUAGCCAAAAACAUGUGCCAGAAUCACAGAUGCAACCAAUAAAUUUAAUGACUUCUAUGCAUCGCGAUAAUGAUUCAAAUAAUUUUAUUAAUAAUACACUUACCAAUACAAUACCUCCGAAAUUCUCACCCGAAGAAGCUUGGAAUAGACUUCUCCAAGCUGAUAAAAAAAAAGACAUUGAUGAAUUUAAAGAAAUGUUUGAAGAAUAUGCCAAAGCAUCUCCUGAAGAAACAUUCCAGACAAUCGAGAAAAAAUUGAGAAUGGCAGGUUGUACUGGAAGAAUAAUCGCAUUGAAACGUGAAGGAAUUCCGUUGACGAAAUGUUUAAUUGAUUUGCAAGGAAAGACAGAUAAGAAAUAUUUAGCGCAAUUGAUCGCGAGUCUGGAUCGGUUACCACAAACUUCUGGGAAAGCCAGUUCGGAAGCAGAGAAUUUUGAAUGGCUCGCAGAUGCUGGAUUUUUGAGUGAUGAUCCAGUGCCUCAAUCAAAUGAGCGAACUACGCCUCUAGCAUGUCAGCAUUGCGGGUCUACCGAUCACAUAACGAAAUUAUGCAAUAACGAUGGGCGACGGGAUCACUAUGCCGAAAUUCGCGACAGAAACUUUAGUGGAAAUGAUGAUGGUUAUAAAUAUGGAUCAAGUAACAAUACGGCCAGCGGUUACGACGCAUGGGAACAAGCCAAAAAAGAUGCUGCUGCAAGCUGGGGAACACAAUCCACCACCUGGGAAAACAGUAAUCGACAAGAGACUGGUUGGAAAAAUAAUAAUGAUCGAGAGCCUAGUUGGAAAAAUAAUAAUGAUCGAGAGCCUAGUUGGAAAAAUAAUAAUGAUCGAGAGCCUAGUUGGAAAAAUAAUAAUGAUCGAGAGACUUCCAGUUGGAAAAAUAAUAAUGAUCGAGAGACUUCUAGUUGGAAAAAUAAUAAUAAUCGAGAUAAUAGUUGGAAAAAUAAUGAUCAAGAAAACCGUUGGAGAAAUGAUCGAGAGACUAACUGGAAAAAUAAUGAUCAAGAAAAUCGUUGGAGAAGUAAUGAUCGAGAUAAUUAUGGUCGAAAUAAUGGCCGGGAUACUAAUAACUGGAGUCGAGAUACUAAUAACCGGAGAAAUAAUGACUAUAAUCAAGAAUCAAAUUGGAGAAGCGGAAGAGAGAGUAGUUGGAAAAAUGAUAGAGAAACUGGUUGGAAAAAUAAUGAUAGUUAUGGAAACAAUAAUGAUAGUUGGAAAAAUAAUCGUGAGAACAGGUCCAGAAAUAUUGAUCGUGAUCCUAAAUGGAGAAGUGAUUAUAGAGAGGAUUAUAGAGAGGAUACACGUGGAAGUAGUCAACCUGACAAUGGUUUGAGAAAAAGUGGUAGCGAUAAUCACCCUCCACAAAAUCAUGAUUCACCAAGAUUUAAUCAACAAGGAUCAAAUAUAAAUCAACAAGGAUCGAAUACAUGGGAAACCAGUAAUUUGGAUAAUGCACCGUGGUGGUGA